CACACAGCAACCCCAAAAAUCAGUCAACAUGAAAUUCCUUAUCGUUUUCGUCGCUCUCUUCGCCAUUGCCUUGGCUGCUCCUCGUCCCGAUGUUGAAAUCGUCAAAUCCGAAGUCGAUGUAGAGCCCGAGGGUUAUGCCUUCAAUGUUGCCACCUCCGACGGUACAGCUCACGAAGAAAAUGGCAAAUUGAAGGAUGUUGGUACUGAUCACGAAGCCAUCGUUGUCCACGGUUCCUACACCUGGGUUGAUGAGAAGACUGGUCAAAAAUUCACCGUCACCUAUGUUGCCGAUGAAAAUGGUUUCCAACCCCAAGGUGAACAUUUGCCUGUUGCCUAA